GAGACAGGACAUCAGGUGUAGAAACUGACUCCAGUAACUCUGCUCCCUCCAGCACCAUGCCAUACAACUGCUGCCUGCCCGCCCUGAGCUGCCGCACCAGCUGCUCCUCCAGGCCCUGCGUGCCCCCCAGCUGCCAUGGCUGCACCCUGCCCGGGGCCUGCAACAUCCCCGCCAAUGUGGGCAACUGCAAUUGGUUCUGUGAGGGCUCCUUCAAUGGCAAUGAGAAGGAGACCAUGCAGUUCCUGAAUGACCGCCUGGCCUCCUAUAUGGAGAAGGUGAGGCAGCUGGAGAGAGAGAAUGCAGAGCUGGAAAGUAGGAUCCAGGAGAGGAGCCAGCAGCAGGAUCCCCUGGUGUGUCCUGCCUACCAGGCCUACUUCAGGACCAUUGAGGAGCUGCAGCAGAAGAUUCUCUGUGGCAAGUCAGAGAACGGCAGGUUGGUGGUGCAGAUCGACAACGCCAAGCUGGCUGCUGAUGACUUCAGGACCAAGUAUGAGUCAGAGCUGUCCCUGCGGCAGCUGGUGGAGGCAGACAUCAAUGGCCUGCGCAGGAUCCUGGAUGAGCUGACCCUCUGCAAGUCUGACCUGGAGGCGCAGGUGGAGUCCCUGAAGCAGGAGCUGCUGUGUCUCAAGCAGAACCAUGAGGAGGAAGUCAACACCCUUCGCUGCCAGCUUGGAGACCGCCUCAACGUGGAGGUGGACGCUGCUCCCACAGUGGACCUGAACCGUGUGCUCAAUGAGACCAGGUGUCAGUACGAGGCCCUGGUGGAAACCAACCGCCGGGAAGUGGAGGAAUGGUUCACCACACAGACAGAGGAGCUGAACAAGCAGGUGGUGUCCAGCUCAGAGCAGCUGCAGUCCUGCCAGGCCGAGAUCAUCGAGCUGAGACGCACAGUCAAUGCCCUGGAGAUUGAGCUGCAGGCCCAGCACAACCUGAGAAACUCUCUGGAGAACACCCUGACAGAGAGUGAGGCUCGCUACAGCUCCCAGCUGUCCCAGGUGCAGUGCCUGAUCACCAAUGUGGAGUCCCAGCUUGGUGAGAUCCGGGCUGACCUGGAGCGUCAGAACCAGGAGUACCAGGUGCUGCUGGACAUCCGGGCCAGGCUGGAGUGUGAGAUCAACACGUACAAGGGCCUGCUGGAGAGCGAGGACUGCAAGCUGCCCUGCAACCCCUGUGCCACCACCAAUGCCUGUGACAAGCCCAUUGGACCUUGUGUCACAAACCCUUGUGUCACACGCUCCCGAUGUGGACCCUGCAAUACCUUUGGCUGCUAAACACUCCACAGCCAGCAGGAGGAUUGCAUGAAGACAGAAAGAAAGUCAAUGGAUCAGCUCCGCCUCUUUGAACCCACAUCCAGCACAGUGGGUAUCAUGGACUGGCAGAAGAACAAAGUCUUAGUGCUGUGGUGUCUGUCUCUGGUCCAGGCCCACUGGACCAUCUUCAUCCAGGGCUUGUCCAUGACCACUUGCUUGUAGUCCAGUGGUCUGAGAGAUCUGAGCUGUGAAGGGGCCACACGAGGUAUUUUGUGGUUCUCACUGCUUCUUCUACCCUUUCUUGCAGUUUUCCAAAAACCUAAUAAAUUUUCCUCUUGCAAACAGA